AUGAACUCCAAAGACAAGGCUGGAUUUGCACCCAGAGACUACAACGACGCAGUGUGCUAUAGCAAACAUUUCGUUCACCUGUAUGGCCACACCUUUAAUUACAACACGAAACCGUAUGACAGAGCCACCAGGGGGCCUCAGUCCCACAGCGGGACACCCAGCUCUGGGUUUGCCUUCACCCUGAACCCUCCCACCCCAGUCAAGCUGUCCCACCCUGCCUCCUCACCCUCCUCUUCUUCUCCUCCGCCUCGUGCUCCUUCUUCUCCUCCCUACUGGCCCCCACAGGCCCACCUGGACUCCCAGUCAGGUUUCUCCCUCCAUGAGGGGCGGGGGGAGGCGCCAGGGGCCCUGGAUGUGGACCCCCAGCCUCUUCAUCUUAAUUCACCUGAGAACCUCAGGGACCCGGGACAACGACCCUGCCACGAUGUGUCAACUUUAACAGACCUUUGUUCAGACCUGCCAGAGUUGGAGAUAGUGAGCCUCCUAUCAGAGGGUCAGCCCAACUACACUCUUCGAGCAGACAGUGUGUUUGGAUACGACAAUGACGACUGGCUGCACACCCCUCUGCUGCCACCAACAGUCGCUCUGGGACUCACACACGAGCAGAUCGAAGAGACGCUCAAGUACUUCUUGCUGUGCUCAGACAGAGUGGGCCAAGUCACCAAGACGUAUCAUGACAUCAAGGCAGUCACCCACCUGCUGGAGGAGAAAGAGCGGGAUCUUGAGUUAGCAGCGCGAAUCGGUCAAUCCCUCCUGAAGCAGAACCUCGAAUUAACCGCACGCAAUGAAAUGCUCGACGAACAGCUUGAAAUUGCAAAGGAAGAGAUUGCUCAACUUCGCCAUGAGCUCUCAAUGCGAGACGACCUCCUCCAGUUCUAUGCGAGCACUGAGGAGAUCGAGAAUGCUGAAUUGCGCUCACCAAUAAAAAGGAACGAAUCCUGCAGCUCUCUCAGCAACUUGGUCCACCACGACUUCCUGCAGCAUAAACUGAAGGGUUUAGAGGACGAGAACCGCAAACUGCGAUUAGCGGCCAAUGAGCUCACAACAGAGACGGCCAACUACGAGGAGCAAGAACAGGAGCUGAUGAUGGUGUGUGUAGAAGAACUCUCAUCCGUCAAUAAGCAGGUAGUCGACCUGUCAGAGGAGCUAGCCCGGAAGGUCGAGGACUCUUUCCGACAACAGGAGGAGAUCAGCUCACUGCUCGCUCAGAUUGUUGACCUGCAGGCCCGUUGCAAAGGGCUCACCCAUGAGAAUGAGGAGCUGAACCAACACCUGAGUGCCUCUCGUGAGAGCCAGCUAAAUCUUCAAUUAGAGCUCAAGGACCUGCGGGACAAGUACUCGCAGUGUGAAGACAUGCUCUGCGAGGCCCGAGAGGACAUUAAGAACUUGAGGAAUAAGAGCCUGCCCAACAGCACGGUGCAGCGGUACACUUCGCUGGCCUCUGUCCUCCCCAUGGACUCACUGGCAGCCGAGAUAGAGGGCACCUUCCGCAAAGGCCUGGACACCCCGGCACCCUCAGAGUACAAGAACCACCCGUGGCGUGUGUUUGAAACUGUGAAGGUGGUGAACAAGGCCGUGAGGCUGCGGUCUCGGUGCCACUCCCCAGGGCUGCCAGGCUCCAGCCCUGUGUCCAUUCGCUCCAGCUGUACCAGCACCCCCCGUACCAGCUACUAUGGCUCAGACAAUGCCAGCCUUACUCUGGAGGACAAGCCCAGCUCCAAUAGUGCUCAAAAGGAAGACAACAGAUCUUUUCACCCCAGUGUUAGCGGGCCGAAGCGUCUGGGCCAGCCAGGCACACCAGGAGGCCAGGACCUUGAGGCAGCCUUGCGCAGCCUGUCAGCCCGCCAGCAGAACCACUCCUCUGAGCGGCCUUUCUUUGAUGUGGAGCGUGAGCGUAAACUCCAUGCCCUGGCAGCAGACUGUGAAGAGGGUGAGUGCUCCAGUGGCUUCCUGACACCAAAUGACAGCCUGGUCUCCAGCCCAGUAGCAUCGACAGGCACCAACUACUCCAAUGGCAGCUCACGGCCCUCCUGUGGCUCCUCAGGAGGAUCCAGGUCCUACCUGCCUGACCGCCUGCAGAUUGUCAAACCUCUGGAAGGCUCGGUGACUCUGCACCAGUGGCAGCAGUUGGCCAAACCAAACCUGGGAGGCAUCCUACAUCCACGUCCGGGCGUCCUGACUAAAGACUUCAGGGAGCUCGAGGUCGACAUACAACACGUCUACAGUCUGAACGACCUGGAGGAGGAUGAACCGGACCUGUCGCAGCUCUCUGGAGUACAUGGCAUGGUCUCUCCAUCCGGUCCCAACCUCCCUCAGACCUCUCCCACACAUACCAUAACCACCUGCCAAGUCCUCCAACCCUCCCUUCUCAUCCCCUCCUUAUCCACUAGCCUUCGCUCUUUCGGCCUGCCAUCUUGUCGGAACUGUGAGCUCAUGAGCACUUCAUCGUCAUCGUACCAGCAGCACUUUGGCCUGGGAGGCCGGACCACCACCACCACAGAUGUAGCCGCUUCAUCACUGGGUCUCCUGCAGCUGCUGCAUGAGCGUGGCAUCUCAGCCUUCCCUUAUCCCCUGCACUGCAGCCAUAGUACAAAACCUUCCCCCUCCACAGCAAAAGACAAAUGUGGAGGCUCACUAUCGGACAAUGAGGGAAGAAGGAAAAUUUUCAGUUUGAACUUGGUGGAGAAGCUUCAACGUCUGGGGUUGCACAGAGUGGCAGCCUGGGGGACGACUGGCCGCAAGUGGGAGAGAGAAGCAGUCAGUCGUCCUCUGAAUGUUUGAUGAAGGCUGUUCACCACUUGCUCCUCUCUCAUUCACCGUAGUGACUUUACAUCCAGCUGUGGGAUCCCCACUGUGCAGUUCAGGGCCCACAGCUCUGGUGUUUUGAAAACAAAAGCCACAGAAUUUGCUAGAACCAUACUUUAAAUUGUCGGUAGUGUACAAUAAUAUUCUUUUCUAUGAAUGUGUGUACAGUAGUUGUGUGUAUGUGUGUGUAUGUGUGUGUGUGGCAUCUUCAUCCCAGGAAAAAACCCCGAUUACCUGAUCACCAGUCUGUUGACUGCAACCUGCAGAAAUAGCUUCUUUUUACACAAAAAAAGAAACGUCUGAAGAAAAAAACGUUUUAUACCUUGUUUUGUGAUUGUCAUUUUACACGUUUACCCUGCCGCUGGUUUUUAAAAAAAACAACCUCAUCUGUCAUUUUGCUGUUUCCAAAGUGGAACAUCACUUAUGUGUAUAUAACAAAGUUGUCAUCUGGGAAAGUUAAAGUAAAAAAUAUGUGCAGUAAAUUAUUGUUAGUUGAAACCACAAACCAAUGCUGUCACACUGAAGAACUUUCAAAUGCACUAAAGUACACUCUGGUCUUCCUGCUUAUUAGCUGCUACAUUGAGAAAAGCAUGUUGUACAUAAUAUUGUCAUGUUAUACUGAAUUAAACACUUAAGAAACUGAUCAAGAAGCAUUGCGAUGACAGAUGAUGCACUGACUGAACUGAAAAAUAUUGAUGAUGACAUCCUUCAGCUGCUCUACAGUUUAUCACCUGCUUUCACAUAGCACAUGUUAUGGCUGCAUACAGUACAGUGUCACCUGCAAGCUGUUGGGAUUUCUGACCUUUGUCCUGAGCAAAACCUCAACAAAAAUAAAUCAGGUCUGCCAUGCUGCAUCAAAGACAGUGAAUGGGAUUUUUAUAAGCAAUAUGUAUAUAAUACUGCACUGCGUUGACUGAAAAAUCUUGCUUGUACAAAUCUGCUGCAUUUCACGUUAUCAGGAAUUUUGAAAUUGCUGGGAUAUAAAUGAAAUCUGAAUAGUUUUGGGCAUCCUCAUUUAAAGACAAGCAGAAGAGUGGUCCUAAUUAUUUAAACGAUAUGUUUCUUUCAAAUCUUUCUGAACAAUCAACUGUAGCAAAAAAAAGGCAUAGGAUACUGUGGAUAAAAAGGGAAGAAAUCAUAAACACAAGUUCUAAUAAUUUGUGUUCUGACUUAAAUCAACCAAACUACUGUUUCUCUGCACUACUGUUUGCUCUGUCCUGUGUUAACAUCGGAGCUGUAUAAUGUGUGUGUAAAUUGUACCACCUGUGAAUAAAACUUUGCAUUUCCAUCCUU